GAUUGGGCCUCUCACAACCUGGGAAUCUUCAUCUGUUUAAACUGUUCAGGAAUCCAUCGCAAUAUUCCCCAAGUCAGCAAAGUGAAGUCAGUCCGUUUAGAUGACUGGGAUGAUGCUCAAGUUGAGUUUAUGGCCUCGAAUGGAAACAAUGUAGCAAAAGCAAAAUAUGAGUCCAAGAUGCCACCAUUUUAUUACAAGCCAACAUUUCUUGACUGUCAACUGCUGCGUGAACAGUGGAUCAGAGCCAAAUACGAAAGAAAAGAAUUCAUUCACAGUGAGAAGCAAGAACCCUAUUCUGCAGGAUACCGAGAAGGAUUCCUGUGGAAGAGAGGACGUGACAACGGACAGUUCUUGAGCCGCAAAUUCGUGUUGUCGGAGCGGGAAGGGGCGCUGAAAUACUUCAACAAAAAUGACGCAAAAGAACCCAAAGCAAUUAUGAAGAUUGAACACUUAAAUGCGACUUUCCAGCCUGCAAAAAUAGGGAACCCGCAUGGACUGCAGAUCACUUACUUGAAGGACAAUAGCACAAGGAACAUCUUUGUCUAUCAUGAAGAUGGCAAGGAGAUCGUGGAUUGGUUCAACGCCAUCCGCGCGGCGCGGUUUCAUUACCUGCAAGUGGCGUUCCCGGGAGCCAGCGAUGUCGAUCUGGUGCCAAAGCUUUCCAGAAACUACCUGAAGGAAGGGUACAUGGAGAAGACGGGGCCAAAGCAGACGGAGGGCUUCAAGAAGCGCUGGUUCACCAUGGACGACCGGCGCCUCAUGUACUUCAAGGACCCCCUGGACGCCUUCGCCAGGGGGGAGGUCUUCAUCGGGAGCAAGGAGAACAGCUACAAGGUCCUGGAGGGGCUGCCGCCGGCCACGCAGGGCAAUCACUGGCAGCACGGCAUAACCAUCGUCACCCCCGACAGGAAGUUCCUCUUCGCCUGCGAGACGGAGGACGACCAGCUGGAGUGGAUUACGACCUUUCAGAAGGUGAUCAGCCGGCCGAUGCUGCCGCAGGAAUACGCAGUGGAAGCCCACUUCAAGCAUAAACCUUAGAUGGGACUGGGCAGGCCGGAGGAAUGAGCUUCUGUUUACAACACAACGUGGUUUUAUUUGAAAUGCUAAAAAAAAAAAAAUAACAACAGUAAUACUCCCCUUUCCCCUCAUCAUUGACUUGAUCGUGUUGGAAGCCAAGGACAACGGCGCGAGGCCAGGGACGAUGCUGGUGUCCCCCUUGCCAGGGCGCUGUCCCCGGCGGUGCCCGGGCUCCCCGGCGGCCUCGUCCCACGCGCAGCCGGUUGGAGGGUCCCUCCACACCAGGUCAUCCCCGGCUUGGGGCCAUGGCCCCGGACUGGCCCACGUGUCCCGCAGCAGCGCCCCAGCCUCCAGGGCCACCACGUCGCUGCCAGUGCCCACGGCCUCCUCCUCGGCUGCUGCGAAACCAGACGGGUUGGAAAUGGGUGACUUGUGGAGGAGGGAAGGAGACCGCGCCCUUUCCUUCUGUGUCACCCAGACCUCCUUCCCAAGGCGUUUCAGCAGCUGAUCCGUUGGAUGGUGCGGAGGGUUUGGUAACCUGUUUUUUCUUCUCUGCAGUCUUGUUAUUUUGGGUCAGGGAUGGGUGUGAUCUGGGUCAGGCUUUGGCAGCAGCUCUGAGCCAGCAGGGCUCGUGGCCGGGAGCA